ACAGAUUACUAAUGUAGUAUCGGUCUUGUACUCACUAGCGCCACACAAUUUUAAAGCUUGAUUGAAAAACUGAACGCAUCCCUCUGUGUGCUUCCUCUUCCGGUAUCUAUGGCCUUAUGUCAUUCGGUUUUUUGUGUCAAAAACGGCGUCACAUAUUUCCUCAUUUUUUAUAAGUUUUUUCAGUGUAUUGUUGAAAAAUGUCACAAAAAUGGUCCUCGGAGGAAGAAAGGAACCAUCUUUUAAAGAAAAUUCGGAAAUUAGAAAGAAAAAUUAUCCGACUCCCCGAAUCGGAUUGUGAAGACGAUGUGGAGAUAGAUGAAUGUCAAUCUUAUAACAAAGAAAACAUGCCUACCCCACUACCUGAGGAUGAGUUUGUAGAAAAUCCAUGUGAAGAAAAUCUAGACCAGGAAGAUUCUAACCUAGAUGAGGAGAUCCUCAAUGUGUUGGGAGUGGCACCUGCUCCAUUACCUAAAAAAGAAAUCCUACAUAAGGAAGUGGCUGACCGUUGGACAAAAAUCCUUAGCAGAGGAUUAGAUAAAGAGGAAAGGGAGCCACUUCACAAGGACAAUAUUGAGUUCCAGAACGUACCAAAGAUGAUAGCACCUAAAUUAAAUAAAGAAGUGGCUGCAGCCAUGAACGAAGGUGCUCGGAAAAGAGACCAGGUCAUUGAAAACCGUCAAAAACAAAUAUCGACGGCAUUAUCCUGCAUUGGCCAGGCCUUGCAGAUGGCCCUACAGAACAUUCAAGAGAAUAAGAUCUCCAUAAUCAAGAAAAUGAAUGAUGCCGGGCGAUUGCUGUGUGAUUCUCUUUUCCUGGAUUCCAGAGGACGUCGGACCUUAGUCUUGUCAACUAUUAACAAGGAUCUCAAAGAUUCUUUGUUAGAAACCGAAGCGGGAGAAUUCCUAUUUGGAGAAAAUUUAACAGAAAAAAUAAAGACAGCCAAAGCUGUACAAAAAUCAGGAAAGGACCUAAAAAGUGAUGACAAGAAGAAACCUUUUGUCAAACAAAAUGAAAAUAAAGACAAGACAAAUAAUAAUAAAACUUUAAACUGGCGGGGCCCUCCUCGAGCAGGAAUACAGCAGAGAUCCCAGAGGUCAGGAGGGCAGCCUUACCACCGGUACAACAAACAUCAGUCUGCGGUGAAGAAAGAAGAUCAAACAACAAUGAGGCGAGGGAGGAAAUAGAUGUUAAGGAAUCCACAUCCUCUGUACAAGAACCUCAGCCUGAUGGCAGGUGUCUUAUCAGGCAAGCUUUCCUAAAAUUAGGAAUCAACAAUGAUGCAGCAGAAAUCAUGUUGGCUUCUAUUUCCACAAAUACUUUGAAACAAUAUCAGCCAUGCAUACUGGCAUGGGCCAGGUACUCAAAAGAAAAAGGUAUUUCAUUAACAGAACCAUCUAUUUCUGAUAUUAUUAUAUACCUUACUAAAAAAUUCAAUGAAGGCUUGUCAUAUGGUAGUUUGAAUUCACAUAGGUCUGCCUUAUCAUUAAUAAUGGGCUCACAAUUGGGAUCUGAUGAAAAAAUUAAAAGACUUUUUAAAGGUUUCUUUAGGUUGAGACCUAGUGCCCCAAAAUAUAGUAUUACAUGGGAUGUAUCCAUAGUUUUAAAAUUUAUUGAGGAGAAAUAUAUAGAGGAUAAUAAUUUAGAAUUAGUAACUAAAAAGACUGCAACAUUGUUAAUUCUUGCCACAGGCCAAAGAGUUCAAACGAUCUCAUUAAUUGAUAUAAAUAAUAUAGUAAUUAAGGAAGAUUGUAUAACAAUCAAAAUUGACAAAUUAAUCAAAACAUCAGCACCUAAUAAGUGCCAACCUUUUCUUACUUUACCCUUCUUUAAUGAUAGGGUAAACAUCUGUCCUGCUAGAACUCUAAUUAACUACUUGGAUAUUACUAAGAAUUUAAGAACAACAAAUAUGUUAUUUAUUUCUUUCAGAAAACCAUAUAAAAGCGUUUCUACCAGCACAAUCAGCCGUUGGAUCAAAAAAUGUAUGGAAGAAUGUGGUAUAGAUAUCUCCACAUUCUCAACGCACAGUACACGUCAUGCCACGACUUCUGCGGCGUUUAAGAGAGGCGUCAACAUUGACGAGAUUAGGCGAACGGCUGGUUGGUCUGGAGAAUCGGCUAUUUUUGGAAAAUUUUAUAAUCGUCCUAUAAUUAAUAACUCAGAAUUUGCUGAGAGUAUAUUUUUAAAAUAAGUGAUUAAUUAAUAAUUAAAAUCAUGUAUCUGUUUUUUGUCAAUUAUAGAAAGAAAAUAAUAAAUAUUUCUUUUCCAGUUACAAAGA